AUGGAAAAGACCAGGUUAAAAGACAAAGAAUUCCUUAAGGAUUAUAACCAAUCUCUGGAAAAGUGGUGUCUCUCCCAGGCUGUCACUGGUCUAAUAGACACAGGAAGAAUAUCUGAAGCUGAAGCCCUCUGCACGAGGAAUUUAAAAAGUAACCCUGAUCAGUCAGCUGUUAUCUUACUUUUGAGACAAGUUCAUUGUAAACUACUCCUAGAGUCACAAAACCCUCUCCCAGAUGCCAUCCUUGAAGAGCUGCAAAAAACAGUCAUGUCCAACUCAACUUCUGUUCCAGCAUGGUAGUGGCUAGCACACAUAUAUCAAUCCCAAGCAAUGAUGAUGGGUGCUACAGAAAUGUAUUAUAGAAAGAGUCUGCAAGUAGCAUCCCAACAGGGCAGUUGGAGUGGGAAGCUGUCGAGUCUGUUAAGACUAGCCCUACUUGCUUUAAAAGCCUGCAUGGCUAAUAUUUCCAAUGAUCACUGGUCACCUUUUGUUCAAGAAGCUACAACUGAGGCCUUAAAACUUUGUUUUUGUCCAUUGGCUGUCUUUUUACAAGCUUUGUUACAAUUCAACUGCAAAAUGGGGGCAAGAGAGACACAGCGACUUUUGGAAAGAGUGGUUUAUCAGCCUGGGUAUCCCAAGUCUAUUGUAUCAAUGGCACGUUGGUAUCUACUGAGACACUUACAUGCCAAAAAUGACUACGAGCUUAUUGAUGUGCUGGUAAACAAUGCCCAUGGAGAUACAAGAGCAUUGGAACUGAAUCAGAAAUUGUCUUCACGGUAACAGUAUGUUAUUUUAUAGUAAGCAAGCAAA